AUGUUACGAAAAGCUUCGAGAGACCUUGCACGAAAGGCCUCAUCUGAAGCCGCUCAGUAUCUCAAGGCAGGCGAUAAAUUGCACGGGUUUACACUACUCCGCUCUAAGCAUAUCCCAGAACUAGAAUUGACAGCCCUACAAUUGCAGCACGAUAAGACUGGUGCAGAUUAUAUCCAUAUUGCUCGCGAUGACCCAAACAAUGUAUUUUCCAUAGCAUUUAAAACGAAUCCACCGGAUCAUACAGGUGUGCCACAUGUUCUCGAGCACACAACGCUAUGUGGAAGCAAAAAAUAUCCUAUUCGAGAUCCCUUCUUCAAAAUGCUUCCGCGAACGCUGUCGAAUUUUAUGAACGCUAUGACAGCUUCAAAUUACACUUAUUACCCAUUUUCUACAACUAACGAGCAGGAUUUCAAAAACCUAAUGUCUGUAUACUUCGAUUCAACACUGCAUCCUCUCCUUAAAAAAAGUGAUUUUAUCCAAGAGGGUUGGCGAGUAGGUCCUAAAAAUCCAAUUAAUACAAACAACACCAAAACUUCUUCCCUACAUGGCAACGAUUUUGUCUUUAAAGGUGUUGUAUACAAUGAGAUGAAAGGCCAAAUGUCAGACUCUGGAUAUCUUUAUUAUAUCAGGUUUCAAGAACAUAUUUUUCCUGCAUGCAAAAAUUCUGGAGGAGAUCCCCAGAAAAUGACAGAUCUCACAUAUGAGCAAUUAAAAUCUUUUCACGCUGAAAACUACCAUCCGAGUAACGCCAAGGUUUUCACUUAUGGUAGUUUUCCCAUGGUAGAUCACCUAAAGGAAAUAAAUUCCCAACUUGCCAACUUUGAAAAGGUUCAUCCCGAUCAUAAGGUCAGGUCGCCUAUAGAUUUGAAUAAAGGCUCUGUCGAUGUAUCUGUCAGUGGUCCGGUAGAUCCACUUAUGGCAUCAGACAUGCAGUUCAAAUCUUCAACAUCAUGGCUAAUGGGAGAUACCUCGAAUGUAGCUGAGACAUUUGCCUUGGGGAUAAUGUCCUCUCUACUUAUGGACGGAUAUGGAUCCCCUUUAUAUAGAAAAUUAAUAGAAGCGGGAUUAGGAACAGAGUGGAGCUCUAACACUGGCUUUGACACGUCUGGAAAAUGCGGGAUAUUUUCUGUCGGCCUCACUGGCGUUAAAGAAGAGAACGUUUCAAAAUUAAAAAAUGUUAUCAAAGAUACUUUUCGAGAAGUUCACGCAAAGGGAUUUGAAAGAUCAAAGGUAGAAGGAUAUUUACAUCAAAUGGAAAUAUCCAUAAAGCACAAGACCGCCAGGUUCGGGAUGAGUAUCCUGAACCGAGUCCAGCCUAAUUGGUUUGAAGGUGUUGAUCCAUUUGACAGCUUAUCUUGGGAUGAGACCAUAUCCGUAUUUAAAACGGAAUAUGCAAAAGGUAAUUAUCUUGAAAAUUUACUCGAAAAAUAUCUACUCAACGAUAAUACUUUCACUUUCACAAUGAUUCCAUCGGAAAGUUACGGUAAAGAGUUAAUUAAAGAAGAGUCUAAUCGAUUACUGGAUAAGAUAUCAGAUGUAGCGAAACAAGUUGGUGGAGAAGUCAAGGCCUAUGCUCAAUUUGAAAAAGAAGAAGCUGAGCUACUAGAAGAACAAUCAAAGACAAUAUCAGAAGACAUUAGCUGCUUACCUACAGUAUACGUAAAGGACAUACCGAGGCUUAAGGAGAAUACUGUGACAACAGAUUCUAGUAUCAAAGGCUCCCCUGUGCAAUGGCGGAUCGUUCCCACAAACGGACUUACAUAUUUUCGUGCAAUAAGUACCUUUAAAAAUCUUCCGGAUGAUCUUCGAGAGUUAUUACCAUUAUUUUCUGAUACUAUCAUGCGUUUGGGAACGAAAGAUAUGACUACAGAACAACUUGAAGAUAAAAUAAAGCUUAAGACUGGCGGCUUAUCGACAACAUAUUUCAACUCUCUAUCUCCACAUGAUUUAAACCAAUCGAGUGAAGGUCUCGUCUUCUCUGGCACGUCUCUUGACCGAAAUAUGACUGAAAUGCUGGGGCUUCUGCAAAAACUCGUAUUGGAAACAAAUUUUGAUGGCCCUGAAGCCAUUGGUCAGAUCAAACAGCUGCUCCAGGCGUCAUCAGAUGGAGCAGUAAAUGCUAUAGCAUCCCAAGGCCACUCUUAUGCUAUGUCAGCAUCUGAAUCUGGGUUUGGCCAUUACUAUUGGCGAAAAGAGCAAGUUCAUGGAUUAUCGCAACUUCGGUUCAUAAACUCACUCGCCAAUCAAUCAGACUCAGAAUCACUUCUAAAAGUUAUCGAAAAACUCAAGAAGAUUCAACAGCUAGCGUUUUCCGGGUCAUCAUUUCGGAUGGCGAUAACUUGUGGGGCCGAAGCUGUUCAGGGAAAUGAGGCUGCCCUUGAAGCUUUCAAUUGCUCACUACCUAAGGUAAAUUAUGAACUAGAACAGAAAUAUGUUCAAAGAAAGGAAUGUAAUGUAAAACUCUUUUACCCCCUUUCCUACCAAGUUUAUUAUGGCGCAUUAUCUUUACCUACGGUGCCCUAUACUUCCACCGAUAGUGCUCCUCUGCAAAUAUUAGCUCAAAUUUUGACUCACAAACAUUUGCAUCACGAAAUUAGAGAAAAAGGCGGUGCAUAUGGCGGUGGAUCAACCGCUCGAAGUCUUGAUGGUGUAUUCAACCUAUACUCAUAUCGCGACCCAAAUCCUCGGAGUACAAUAUCAAUUAUGCAAAACUCCGGUCUUUGGGCUGUUAAUAGUAAGUGGUCUAAGCGCGAUAUAGAUGAAGCGAAAAUAUCCGUUUUCCAAGGUGUCGAUGCACCCAAGUCAGUCAGUUCAGAAGGCAUGGCUAGAUUUUUAUCUGGAAUCACCGACAAUUUAAUCCAAGAGCGGAGAGAGAGGCUAUUGGAUGUUUCUUCAGAACAAGUGAAAGACGUUGCGCAGAAAUACAUCGUCGCUGGCAUUGAGUCGCACAAAGAGGGCAUCGCAUUUCUUGGAGAAUUAGAGCCCUGGAUGGAUGACUCGUGGCAAAUAUGCAAGCUAGGAAUGAAUCCAUUAUAA